UAAAAAAAGUCAAAUAUUACAUCUCCGUAUCCAUUAUUAUGGGCCUAUGGUUUAUACGAGGCUCAAAUAAAUAAGCCCAUGUAAGAAUCCACCGAUAUGGCACUCGGCUUUGUUCUUCAGGCAAACAGUUGUGAAACAAUGGUGUCGUCGAAGAAGGCGAAGAGCGAUGGCGUCGUCGAUAAAGGCAACGGUCUCAACAACACACGCGGCUCCGGCUCCGGGUCCAAAACGAAGAAUAAGAAGAAGGCGCCAAACAAGGCGGACCUAAAGGAUUAUGUUGCGAGGAAGGAGACGGAGGAGGAGGUUCGUGACGAGAUCUCGGAAUCUUCUUCGAGCAGCGAAGAAGCGAGACGCGAUGAGGAGACCAAGGAAAGAAGCAACGGCGUCGUUUCGGAAGAGGCGAAGAUGAUUAGGUUCCCCGAUGACUCGGAUUCGGAGGAUCAUGAGAAGCGAUAAACUCUGCUCCUCAGA